AUGGCACCCCAUCUGUCAAACGAUACCGUACACUGGUUUAUGAAUGAAUUAACGUCAAGAAUUGUUAGUCAAUCAGGAAAUCCGAGUGACAGAUAUCAUCUUGGCAAAAUAAUAUUACAAAGUUUGAAAGACUACCCUAAAGCUAUUAUGCAAAUAGAUGGCGCAACUGGAGAAGAAGAGACCAAUAGUUCAGCUCUACAAAGAAUUAUUGAAUGCGCUAUCACCUUACGGAAGUGUGGCAUAGGAAUUGGUGACGUUAUUGUCCUUAUGGCUCCAAGCCAUUUGGACCUAGCGAUUCCUCUCUAUGCAGCCCUUUGUGUUGGUGCCAUAGUUUCAGCUGUUGAUAGAACUCUUAGCGUUAAUGAGCUAAGAGCAACAUUUGAAGUGUCGGAACCAAAAAUCGUAUUUUGUCAAAGUGAAAAGGCAACGGAAGUCCAAAUCGCCCUCAACGAUAUUGAGCAAAAUACAGAAAUUGUUACAUUUGACAGCGGCGAUUACUUGUGUUCAUUCCAAGAAUUUGUUACUAGAUAUCGAGAUGAUUCAUUGAUUGAUGAUUUUGAAGUCGCCGAUUUAGAUACAGAAAGCGCAGGCGCACUUUUAAUAGCGACGAGCGGCACAACCGGCUUGCCAAAAGCGGCAGUAGCGACGCACAAAAAUUUUGCUACCAGCCUACCCUAUGUAUGGUCCCGAUCGACAACAUUCCCGGGCCCAACACAUAUGGCGCUGGUUGGUUCACCGUUGCAAUGGCUGACAGCCAUCAUGAGCUUUCUUUUAUCACCAAUUUUAAAAUACAUAAGACUACAGACAUCUUCGCCGCUUACGCAGGAGCAUGCGUACUAUCUCAUCAAUACUUAUAAGCCUUCAUACGCAGUAAUGAGUCCUACAUUUAUGACCACUUUGAUGCGACCUGAAGACCGUGAUCAGUGUGAUUUCACGUGCUUUGAACUUUUACUAUUGGGUGGAAGUGCAGUGCCAGUUGAACUAAUUAAUGAACUUAAGAAUAUUACACCUGGAACUGAAGUUUUUAGUAUUUACGGAAUGAGUGAACUAUCUGGCAUUGCAUUCCACUCUGAUUAUCCACCUCCCAGUUCUGUUGGGAGACCGAUGGGAUGCUUUCAAUAUAGGAUUGUAAAUGUUGAUACACUAGAAGAUAUUGAUAAACCAAAUGUACCAGGAGAAUUGUGGCUGAAGGGUCCUUGCAUCUUUAAGGAGUACCACAAAAAUCCUGAAGCCACUGCAGAAACAUUUCAUGAAAACGGAUGGUUUAAGACUGGUGAUAUGUUCUAUAGAGAUGAAAACUUUAAUUACUACUUUUGCGAACGAAUUAAACUACUGCUGAAAUAUAAAAGUUUCCAGAUUUCACCGGUCGAAGUUGAGAACGUGAUUCGCCAACAUCCAGGCAUUUUAGACGUAGCAGUGACAGGACUACCAGAUCCAGAAUGUGGAGAUCUGCCUGUCGCCUGUGUGGUACUUCGAACUGGUUACGAAGUCAGCGCAAAUAAUAUUAAAGAUAUGGUUCAAGAUUCGUUAUCUGAUUCGAAGCGUCUGCGUGGUGGAGUCGUAUUUUUGAAUGAGAUACCUAUGACAGCAUCAACAAAAGUACACAGGCGAAAAUUAAAGGAAAUCGUAAUGAAUCCGGACACUGUCAUAAAUUAAUUUUCUAACAUUGCAUUACACCAGUACCAAUAUAAAACUAAACGCUAAAUUAAUGAUAACCGUUUAAAAUUCGAGGUUCGAACCCCGGCUGUGCACAAAUGGAUUUAUAUUUCUAUGUCCGCUAAUACUUGUUUUUCAAACAUCGUGAGGAAACCGGCGUUCAACCCAAAAAGUCGACGUUUGUCAAGCGUAGAAGGUUGAUCGUCUAUUUACCUAUUAGAUAAAACAAAUGAUCAAUAAACAUAUACACUAAUCAAUGUGCAGACCUAAAAGUUUUUAGCACUACAACCACGUUUGAUUUAGUUCUCUUACUUUAUUAUUAAUGUUUAUAACUUAUUCGAAAAUUGAAAUAUUAUUUUUCUGUAGGUUUUGGUGCAUUGUUUCAUUUUAUCUAACAACCUUCUAUAAACAACCGAUUUUAAUAGUGUCUACAGUUUAUGCUUUUAAUUGUUAAAACAAACGCACUGUAAAAUCUAAAUUAUAA